AUGGUGCCACCUGUCUGCUACCUUCUCUUUCCUGUUGUUGAUGGUAGCUCAGCCGGGACCAUGUUUGAGCUUGUGCAAGCUCUUAAUGACGACGCUGAGGUUCUCAAGCGGCGUACACCCAAUCCCAUCGGACUCAACGCCGGUUGUGAACUCUUCAUAGCCUUUGUCACUUUGUUCCCACACGAGUCUGAGAGCUUUGCGGGGCUCAAAACCGAGCUCGUACAUCAGGGCAGAAAAUAUGCUGCAGAAGCUCUUACCUUCCGGGACAAGAUUGCCGAGCUCACUCUCGGUUUUAUUAAGGAUGACUCGGUGAUCCUCACCCACUCAUAUUCACGUGUUGUGAUGAAAGCGCUGCUCCAUGCACAUAAGACAAAACGGAUAUCGUCGAUUUACGCGAGAUCUCCUGCGAGCGACCAACUGAUGCACAUGCGGCAUAGAUUAAAAACUUACGAAACACUGACUGCGGCCGGUAUUCCGUGCACGGUCGUGCUCGACUCUGCGGUGGCCUAUGUCAUGGACCGCGUCGAUUUUGUGCUCGUUGGCUCCGAGGCGGUGGUGGAGAGCGGCGGUCUGAUCAACGCCGUCGGCAGCAAUCAGAUGGCUAUCAUCGCGAAGGCCGCUAGCAAACCAUUCUACGCGCUAGCAGAGAGCUACAAGUUCCACCGACUUUUCCCCCUAUCACAAUACGAUCUGCCCACCCACAACUCGACCAUUCUGUCAUUGCCAACACUACCACAGCGGCCUGCGGUGCCUCGCUUUUCCGGGAGUGAACCGGCAACAUCUACAUCCGCUGCCCAUGAGGCGGCGGCAUCCGCCAGCAGGACAUCGACGCCGGAAAUGAAGAUGGACGCGGAACAAAUAUCCCGGAAUCCAAGUGUUGACUACACCAGGCGGGUGCUCUCCUUCUGGAAUACGCAGUUUCCAUACUAA